AUGUUGUUCGCCAGGUCCCUCAUUCUAGCCUGCCUCACGGUCACCGCAACCGCCAUCGACAUCCACUGGUACCGGAACCGAGGCUGCAGUGGUUCAUAUGGGCGGUGCACCAACAUGCCCGCGAGCGGUUGCUGUACCCUGAUUCCUCAAGACGUCAACUCCGCCGUCAGCUGGAAUAACAUUCCGACCGACCAGAAUAUUAUCGCCCAGGGCUACUGGCAGGAGGGCUGCUCGGGCAACAUCGCAGGGUCCGGCCGGAGUAACUAUCUCAGCUCCUUGUGCUUCCCCACGCCCCAGUACCGUGGCGCCAAGUACCACACCAUCAAUGGCCUGCGUCACACCAAUACCGAGGAAAACCCCGCCGAGACCGAGGCUCCAUGCCGGAAGCCCGACGUGCUUGUGUUCGAGGACGGUCAUGAGUUCAACCUGACGGACCUGAAUGAAGAGCAAUACUCUGAAGUGGUGUGUAUCUCCUUCUGCGCUUUUGAAAGCUACAAGAACUUCAUGUCUGGCGGUUCCUCGUCCGAGGUCGAGACUUUCUUCGCCGCACUCGACAUCUAA